GCAAGAUGCGGUGGACAGUUCUGUGUCUAGUGGCCUAUUAUCUUGCAAGUCAUGCUCAUGCUCAACAAACAUUGACGACCAUCAACUUCCUCACCAACAUCGACGCCACCGUUGACAUCAACCUCAGCAACACAGGGACCGCGGGAACAUGUCGGCUAAAACAGCCCAACGGUCUAGAGGUCGACCUAGCCACGCUCAACGUGGUGGGGGUCACAGUUCAGCCAAGCAGCAAAUUUGUGUCCUGUCGAGUUACUAUUGGGCCGAUGACAGCAGCGCUUCUUGGCAGUUGGGAGCUGAUUGAGAAUUCAGGACUUACUUCUCGCAUUCAACCCGCUACUAUCGCUUGGGCUGAUACCGCAAAUCCUUCAGCGACAGCACGACAAAGAGUCCUAAGUGGCGAACAACACUACAAAGUAGACGUCGGUGGUUUAGUCGUCGCAAACCUUCGCCGUGAAACCGGUACCUACGAAGGCUGCUUCAUCACAGCCCCUGACGGCACCACCAUGCCCUUGUCGGAGACUACUGACUAUCCUGCUGGGGCCUAUUGA